GUCGGUGUGUGGGAAUGCUGGACAUCCACACACAAGGAGGGAUUCGGCCGCAAGCGCUGCUCCUGUGACUGAGCCCUGCUGCUCCCCCCGCGAGGAAGAUACAGAUGUCAGAAGACAAGACAGACAAGGUAAAAAUCAAACCAGCAGAAAGUUUUGAACAUGAGAAGCAAAAUAUUUCUUGGCUGAAGAAAGACAGCCGUACCAGCUCCCUGCCUCUCCUGGCACUCCCUGGGCUGACGCCGAGCAGCGAGGACCAUCCAGACAACCAGCUUACAAAUGAAAAACACACAGAUGAAAAGCCUAUGAAAGGUAUUGUUAUGAGUUCUGUCGCAGAAUUCAGCAUCACAGACGCUUCAUCAAAGGGCACCAAAAAUGAGAAGAAAUUGUCAGAUGCGAGCAGAUCAUCCAUUGCUUCCCUGGAGAAAUGCAGAGAAUUCACUUACAUUGAAGAUGACGCAUCAGUACAUCAGAGGGACAGUGACGAUGAAUGUGCAACUCUUAUCCUGGCCUGCUUGUUCUGCCAAUUUUGGGACUUUCUUGUAAUGCUGCCUGAUACCUGUGAACAUUGGCUGACAGAUACCUGUUGUCCAUCCAAUAGAUAUUACCAGACCUCUGACGAAGACCACGGCAACAACGACUGCAACUGUGACUGUGACAUUGAUUGCAGCCUUUUAGAGUCCUGCCAUGAGACUGGGGAAUGCCUGGAACUUGCCAUGGAAAUUUCUGAAGUCUGCUAUCGCUAAUAGGAAAACAAUUGACAAAAUUCCUCAAAACUACCUGAAAGUGAACUGACAGAUUACAAAGGAGAUUUUUUUUUUUUAAAGAUAUUAAUAAUAACCAGAGAUUUUGCCAAUGAGGACUGUGAGCAUCUUGCUGCUCCCUCCCUGGAGGUCAGUAUGUCUGUACCGUUCUGGUUGUGUGAUUUCACAAACUGCUGAAACCAAUAAAGGACAAAAAGGGUCUUCUCCUUUGCCAUAGAUGACUACAGAAUUCCUAAGUGCCAAGUGUGCCACAUGCUUUACUCACUGUCAAUCCAAGGCUUUUA